UUCUUGUUUUCUCAAUAAUUCUGAAACCAUCUGCUGAUUUCAUUUUGGUAUAAAGCCUUUAUGGAAGGCUUAUUGAAAAACACAGAAUGUGAGUUCUUGUAUGUCACAUGCCACAAGCGGUGGAAUAAGAGAGGCUGUUAAAGUAUUUUCACAUCACCUCCCUAAACUGAAGGAAGAGCAACAAACAGCACGAGCUUAUUCUACAUUUGCUACUAGAAAAAACACGUCAGAGGAGAGGAUGUUUUGUAUUACUUAAUUACAAGAGAAACUUCAAGCCCGAGAAUGCAAUUAUGGAGCAUGUCCAUAGGAAAACAGAGUUUUUGAAUUCUCCUUUUGUGAAACUGGUUAACUUAUCUUUGGCAGGAAGGCCUCGAGUACUCAACUUAGUAAGCAAAAUUUGAGAAGUAUAAUUCAUAUAGUGUAUUUUAGCCUCUCUGUGGCUUUUCUAAUAAGCUAAAAUUUCUGUCUGUGGAGGCUGUUCUGAGGUAGCUCUACAUUAUUUAAAGUUAAAAAUGAGCUCAGGGGACAGUCCACUAAUGUCAAAGCAACAAACACAAUGUGCCUGCGAGUUUCUAUGCUGCUGGUGUCAGAGGGUCUGCUGCAUGGUGCUUAGCUUGUGUUUUUACCCUACUGCCUGGUGCUCAGCUUGCUGUCUGAUCUCUAGUUAUUCUUGAUGAGAGGCAUCUUGAACCAACGAAUUAAGUGACACGAAGGCAGUAGUUUGGAUCUAGUUAGCAGGACUGCAAGUUCUUUUGGUGAUUGACAGUGGUGGUUCUGUACAGUUAAUACUUGGCAGAGAGGGAGAAUAUCUGUACCCCCAGUUGUAGGAUAUUAUUUCUACAGACACUUCAAAUUCUAGUCAGAAAUUAUGAAUGUGGAGUUUGGGGAUGUUAUUGCUGCCUCAGUGAUUUUUUUAUUCCUUUGGGAUAAGGUUGGUUUCAUACUUUUUGCUGCUUAGCAAGUCUUGGACAGCAAUCUGUGUGUGUGAUGUGUCUCUGGAACUAUUGAUUCCAGAUAAUUUUUCUUUAAUGAAUGUGUAGAUUAUGUGACACUAAUGUUCCAGCUUCUGGCAUCUGUUACAGAAAGCUACCCACAAGAAAUCUGAGUUUCCAAGCUCUGAUUUUGUAAAUGUGUUGGGCAGAGAUAAAUAGACUCUUAAGAGGAUAGUUUUAGUAUUAAUGAAGUUUGGGGUUUUUCCAUAUUAGAAUAUUUUGUUCUAGAUGAGUCAUAUUGAGAAAACUCAAUUCCUGCGGAAUCAGGCCAGUAUUGAACAAACCAGCAGGUUUGUACCGUCUCUGCCAGGUGGAGUAACACAUAAUAUAAGAAACCACACUGUAAAGGGUGGGGUUUAGAUAUUUUUGGAAGAUGAAUGCAGCAUAUAAAAGAUAAAGCCAGUGGGUAAAAUGAAUCAGCUUACAAAUAAAGAAAGAUAGUCUUUACUACAGAGGCUGUAGGAGAAAUCUAGUAGCCAUAUUGGAGUUACUUUUGUCUGUCAGCAGUGCCUGAAACCGUGAAAAAACAGCCCUGGCAAAAUGUCUCUCGGUUACUCCGUUUGGAAUUAAAAGCAUACUUUAAGCUUCUGGGAGCAAUGUCCUAGUGGAGUGGUCGAAUUAUUUGAGCUGCCAUAGCUGCACAAUUGCAUGAGUCCCUUUUCUUGCAGCUUGUUGGUAUGUUAAUAAAUCAUUGGUUGUACAGGUGCCCUCUGUGUCUCAAGAAUGUCAACAGGUGAGGUUUAAUCAUGAGAUAACCCCUGCUUACACAGAUGUGACUCUCCUUUUCCUCUAGUAAGGAAGGUACAAGAAAACUCUCCGGGGCAUAGAGCUGGACUGGAGCCAUUCUUUGAUUUUAUCGUGUCCAUUAAUGGUUCAAGAUUGAAUAAAGACAAUGACACUCUCAAGGACCUGUUGAAAGCAAACGUUGAAAAGCCUGUAAAAAUGCUGGUGUACAGUAGCAAAACACUGGAGCUGAGAGAAACGUCAGUGACGCCCAGCAACAUGUGGGGUGGACAGGGCCUGUUGGGCGUGAGCAUUCGUUUCUGCAGCUUUGACGGGGCCAAUGAAAAUGUAUGGCACGUUCUGGAAGUGGAACCUAAUUCUCCUGCUGCAUUAGCUGGACUUAGACCUCACAGUGACUAUAUCAUUGGAGCAGAUACAGUCAUGAAUGAGUCUGAAGAUCUCUUUUCCCUUAUUGAAACACAUGAAGCAAAGCCAUUAAAACUUUACGUGUACAACACAGACACAGAUAAUUGUCGGGAGGUGGUGAUUACUCCAAAUUCUGCCUGGGGUGGAGAAGGCAGCCUAGGCUGUGGCAUUGGUUAUGGAUAUUUGCAUAGGAUACCUACACGCCCAUUUGAAGAGGGAAAGAAAAUUUCUCUCCCAGGGCAGUUGCCUAGUGCGUCUCUCAGUCCUCUCAAAGAUGGCUUCACAGAGGUUCAGCUGUCAUCAGUUAAUCCCACAGCCACAUUACCCCCUGGGUCAGCAGGACUUGAACAGAGUCUUUCAGGACUUUCUAUUAGUUCACCCUCAACUACUGUCAGUAACGUUCUCAGUACAGGUGUUCCAACAGUUCCAUUAUUACCACCACAAGUCAGUCAGUCCCUCACCUCUGUGCCACCGGUUAACCCAGCGACAACGUUACCGGGUCUGAUGCCAUUACCAGCAGGACUUCCCAACCUGACUGAUCUGUCCAAACUUAAUUUACCUGCACCACACAUUGUCCCAGAAAUCGUGCAGCCUGGUUUGCCAUCCCUUCCCUCCUUGCCACCGCUGAAUCUAAUGGAAAUAACACCUCUAUCAAUGCCACCCAAAUGUGUUCCUCUGCUUCCUUUGGUCACAGAGGCAUCUACAGUGCCUACAGAUUUGCUUCCCUCCAUUACUCAAGCCGGAAGCUUUUCCAUCAACCCUGGCACUACUGUAAAUGUAGAACAGACCUCGACGCUCACCUUGGAUAGUACUACCCCAACUUCUAAGGCAACUAUUGUUGACAGAUCAAGUGAAUCCUCUACAGUUAAUGAGAAAACAUCUGGAGUCACAGAUACAGAAGCUUCUGAAUCAUAAUUCCAGGUCACUCUGUUGGAUUGGCUUGGUAUUUAUGCAGCCAUUGGAUACAUAUUUGAAGAGCAAGCUAUCAUUAAUUUCAUACUAGUUUGUACUUAAUCUUAGGAGUCCUGUAAAUAAUAUGGAGGUAUAAUAAAAAUAAAAGGGGGUUUAUAAAGUGCGUGUGGUGGGAGGGGAGGAAGAGUACUUGUAUGUAACCAAAAACCAAGUCAAGGUGGUACAUAGAAUUCCACUGCCAAACUCGGAGGUAUAUGUUUUUAAUAUAGGCUGACGGCUUUAGCCUGCUAGGCCUGUCCUUGCUUAUAAUCAGCAAUUUUUGCUUCUGAUAGAAAUGAAGCGGUUCUUGCGUGUGACAUUUACGUACCAUACUUCUUGUUCUUUGCAAGUGUCUUGUUACUACAGUGGGGAUGAGAAUGUUUAGUCCGAGUUGUACAUUUUAACAUCGCAAAACUUCCACCUAAAGAUGUUUCUAUUAAAGUUGCUGAGUGACCCAUUAAUUGACAUCUCGUUAUUCAGCUUGUACACAAAUCUUUAUUUUUAAGCUCUUGAGAGGUGCUCAAGCCAUGUUUUGUGACUGCUGCUGUGUUGUUUCAUAUGCCCACUGUAAAAUGGCAUUUGGAAGGGAACACAGGAAAUGCUAAAUGUGGCACACAAUUUAGCACUUCAUGACUACUGUAAGACAAAUUAAUGGAUUAAGCAUACAUACAGCAAUAAAUUCCUGGUAUUUUA